AAAGAAAUCAUUUUCUGGGCUCAAAACCAUGUCAUCUACUCAUCUCAGUGUUGAGCAGAGAGAGAGAGAGAGAGCCCAAGAAGAAUGUUGAAAUUUCUAUCGAAGGUGAAAAUCGAGUUCAACGCGAUCGACCCGCGCAUUGCGUCAUGUAUGGAGUUCCUAUCUCAAUGCAACGCCCCAAAGGCGAAGGAGUCCAACCCGGCUUGUCAAAUACAGGUGAAGCGCCGCACCGACGACCACCCGCCGCAGAUCACCGUCACCUUCGUCAACGGCGUCGAACAAACGUAUGAUGCCACUUCCACCCCCGCCCAAAACAUUCGCACCAUGAUUCUUGAGAAGGGUCAUCAGUAUCUCGAGACCGAGCGGAUGUUCCGUGAAGUUGGCGAGAAGUGGCCCGUUGUUAUUCCCGUACAAGAGCUCAGCCAACCAUUCAUUGGAAUUCAGGAUUAUGAUAUGCGCCCUGCAAAAUCUCCAAUACUUCAUUAAAAGCCGCACUUCAUCAUUCCUGUGUGGUUUGGAUAAUCAAUUACCUUUUUUAGUUUUUUCCUUUUCAUAACAGUUGAUAACAUAGUGAUCCAUCACACCAUCAUACACUGCCUGCAUGGAUUACACUGAACAUACUUACAUAUGCAAGCAUUUUUCAUGUUUGAGUAGAACUGCAUUUCUCUCGAUAUCUGAUCAUUCAUGUGGCAAUAUAAUUGGUUUCCCAGAUAUUAAAGCAAACAUGAAUCCUUCGUUAUGAAUGACUUUAUGAAUGAACGUGACUUUAUGAAUGAUUCUAAAGCAAUCCACUGGGUGUUUCAAGGAUGUUAUAUCAUGCAUUCAUGCACUACACAAAUUUUCUUUCCAUUAUAGAUAACGUGUUAAAUUUCUCAAUGCUCUCAUAACACUAAUCCUUCGUUUUUUUUUUUU